AUUGGUUGUAACUUUUGUACCCUCCACUCAUUUCGACCAAUGCUCGCAGGAGCAGUCCGGCAAAAGCAAAAACUCCCCAUCAAAUAUUAAUUCUUCGCCUAUCGAAGGCCAUUUCAUCGCACCCCAAACCCAGAAAUCUCGAAUUUUACCCUGAAAAAAAAAGGGUCUUGAUCAAAUGGGCAGCUUAGGAAGAGCUGUGUACACCUUAGGAAACUGGAUUCGGGCGACAGGUCAAGCCAUGGAUCGAGUGGGCUUCAAGCUCCAAGGGAGUUACUACAUCCCGGAACAAAUUUCUAGACAUCGGACACUGAUGGCCAUUUUCGAAAAAUCUCCUGUGGUUGAUAAGGAUGCAUUUAUUGCUCCAAGUGCCUCUGUAAUCGGGGAUGUUCAGGUCGGACGAGGAUCAUCCAUAUGGUAUGGGUCAGUUCUUCGAGGCCAUGGUGCAGUUAUACAUGGUUGCACAAUAGAAGAUGAGGCUUUUGUUGGGAUGGGAGCUAUUCUUCUUGAUGGUGUAGUUGUGGAAAAACAUGCCAUGGUUGCUGCAGGUUCUCUUGUGAGACAGAAUACUCGAGUCCCUGCUGGAGAGGUGUGGGCAGGUAACCCUGCUAAGUUCCUCAGGAAGCUUACAGAUGAAGAAAUCGAGUUCAUCUCCCAAUCGGCCACUAACUACAUCAACCUAGCCAAAGUGCAUGCUGCUGAGAACUCAAAAUCGUUUGACGAGAUUGAGCUUGAAAAAUUGCUCCGCAAGAAAUAUGCCAAGCGUGAUGAAGAGUACGACUCCAUUAUCGGUGUAGUUCGCGAGACCCCUCCUGAAUUGAUUCUCCCAGACAACAUUCUGCCCGAAAAAUCCCAAAAAGCCCUUCAAUAAAACCCGUACUGAGUUGUAAUAAACGGUUCAUGUUCGUUCAUUGUUUUCUUUACAAAUAAAAUUGUAUGAGAUUGUGUGGGGACUGAAUCUUAUUCGGUUCAAGGAUGUUUUGUUGUGGGGUGGCUUUAGUUUAAUUGUGAACCAAAACCCAUAUGUUGAGCAGUGUGCAUGCAGAUGUACUGUACUGCUUUUGUUGUUCUUAUAUUUUGAUGGAGCACCUAUAUUUCAUUAUGAAUUUGGUGGAGCAAUUU